AUGGCUAAUAGUGCUGUGAAACCCAAGUUUACCCUGAGACUUCUCAUUGAUGAGGAGAAAAACAGAGUCGUUUUGGCUGAAGCCGGGAAAGAUUUUGUUGAUGUUCUCUGUAGUCUUUUGACACUUCCCAUGGGGACUAUUGUCAGGUUGCUUGAGAAGCACCAAGCUCCUCAGUCCUCCGUUGUUGGUUGUUUCCACAACCUUUACAAAAGCGUUUCCGACAUGAACGUUGAUAAUUUCGAGAAUCAAGCUCGUAAGAAUCUGUUGCUGUAUCCAAGGAGUAUCAAGGAGAGUUACUGCAGGAAGCUGAAGCUCAACAUUGAUGACACUAAGGCGACCAAGUUCUUUGUUUGCCCAUAUUUUGCGUCUUAUGAGUCAUGCUCUAAGGUAUACAGCAAUACUAGUUCCUCACAGAGUCGUUGUGGACACUCGAUGACCUACGAGAUUCAGGUUCAAGAAAGAGAGCAAGGUGAUGGCUCUUCAGGGAAUAAAGUUGAUGGAGUAUUCCCUAGCUGCAGAACGUCAUUUAUCAUCACUGAUGAUCUGAAAGUGGCAUUGACCUCUAUGGGUCUUGUACUCAAUGUCCUCAAUGAUCUUGGUUAUGCUGGUUUUGAUAACCUCCAAGAAAUGCUUAUCGAUGUUGGUUUUGAAGAGGUGCUAACGUUGCUAGGUUGUUUAUUCACUUCUGAAGCUCCUUUGACUGAUACAUUCCUGAGGAAACAUUGUAUGACAAGGAAACGUAAAGCGUUGACACCACUUGGGAAAGAAAGUAGGUUUGCAGGAGAUUCAGACAAACAACUAACUUUGAAAGUUUAUGUAAGGAAGACAGACAAGGCCAUUCUUUACGCUGAGUGCAGAGAAGACUUCGUUGAUUUUCUAUUCUCUUUUCUUGUCAUACCGCUUGAGUUUGCUUGGGAACUUUCUAUUGACAAUGUUAAUAUGGGCUGCGUUGGCAAUCUCUGCAGAAGCGUGAAAGAUCUGAGCUUUGAGAAGCAGAAAGAAGCCAUAGCUUCCAAGUGCAUUCUUCCUUGUCAUUAG